AAUGCAUUGGGACUUUUAGUCUAACCAGCGAACGAAGAACAUAGAAGCUCUUGUGGAAGCCAAACUAGUCUAUUAGUCUCAGUCGCGUCGAAAUCAAAAUUCAAAAAUCUUGAAAUCAACGCGACAUUCGCAAGUCUAUUUCCGAAAACAGCCGUCAAAUUCAUUUGCUAUAUUAUUGAAAAUAAAUAUGGUACCUUUGGAGAUAGGAGAUCGGAUUGUCAUAAGGUAUCAUGACUACAUGCAAAAUUUAACAGUUACCAAAGUAAAUGACAAAAAUCUUGAACAACCUGAAGAGUAUCGCGUUAAACUUCAAGGAAUAUGUGGGCAAUUUUUUGACAUGUCCUCGAUGAAUAUCCUUACCAAUGUUAUCAAAAAGAAAGAAGUAUUUAACAUCGCAUGUAUUGACAAAAAUGAACUCGUAUUGACAUAUUCAACAUCUAAAAAAAGUCUAAACACUCAGAUUUGGAAUGCUAAAAAUUUGAAACCCAAAAACUUAUGA